AUGCGUGAGGCAGCGGAAAGUGCCUCUCACACCCUAGCAGCAGGCGAUUCGUCGCCUCUUGUCGUGAAUCCUCCACGUGGUGAAUCACCACGUGCGACAGGUACAUCCGUUGCUUCUGCAGAGGGUACCUCGAGUCGUAGUCAAGACGAUUCUGAGAUGGAGCUCAUCUAUUCUGGCGAGUCGGAUGAUGCAUCCGACUUCAAGGCGACUCCUCACGCCUCGGGAUCACCAGGGGCGGACACUGCAAAAGCCAGGCUGACUGGCUUUGGUCAGCGCGGCAGCAUCAUGACCGAGAUCUUCGGAUCGAGUGAUCCGAUGAGUCUCCGCCUCACGCAAGUCCAUCCAACGAAAGGACGCGUGGAGAUGGUGGUGAUGCACCUAUGCAUCACCACGAGCGAAGCAACUCAAGGGAUUGGGGUAACACUUGUGCCAGUGCUCAUGCUGGCACCAAUCAAGAGGCCAGGUACCGAAUUGUCCUGCGCUACACUCCUCAAGUGGAGUCUCCAUGGAUGCCGCCAUUUAUAG